AGUGGGAGGAGGAGGGGCGUGAUAAGCGGGGGCAGCUUUGGGAAUCACGUGGAGACAAGCCCCGCCCUUCCAAUUUAAUACUUGUCAGCCAGUGCGUGUGUUCAGAUUAACUUGCAGGGGCUCGUACGAAAGGAGUCGCGAGCUGUUUCUGACAAGGAGCCUCCCAUGGCAAUUGCAGCUGGAGGGAAUUCCCUAGUGCAAGUGUGUGUGACAGAGGCAGGGGACUCCGCGAAGUGUGAAAGCCACCAAGCUGCUGCGCUGUUUCUGGCAGAAUUCAAUGCAUGACGCGCUGCACUUGCUUCUAUUUAUUCUCUGUAUCAUCUCAUGAGGGGGCAACAGCGCGCUUGCCCUCCACUUGUCUCUCUAUACAAUGCGGACACUGAAAUAAAAGCAAGAAUUGAGGGGCGCCCUUCCUUGGAUUGUUUUGGUCUCUUCUAUCCAUUCUUCAUUGUGUCCUAUGUGGAUCUAUCUGUUGCUACUGCUCCGCUGACCCUCCCAGAUUAAUGAGGCAGCAGCCACCCAGUGAGUGCGAUAUGGCUCUCAGCAGGACCCUGCUGCCCUCCAUCUCAACGUUCACAGCGGGGACCCCAAGCAAGGACAAGGCACUGAGACAGGCAAGUGCAGGCAAUAGGUGGAGGGAAGACCCAUCCCACAUGAAGAGGCAUUCUGUGCCAAACCAGUCUCGUGCUUAUCAUGGUUUGGACAUGGAUUCUCCAACCCUGGUGACUCGAAGGGAACCUGAGGAAUUUAAUGAGCUACUGGACUUUGAUUUUAUCUUGUCCAAUUCCCUUAUCCACCAGGAGUCCAUGGCUCUGGGUUCCUCUUCUUCAUCUUCGUCAGUCACUGCAUCCUCGCCUCCACCUCCUGCCCCACUUCCAGAUAAUAUGUCUGCUCUCUCAUCUGCCACUUGCAACUUUGUUUACCAGUUACGCUGUCCCCAGGAAUCAUCAGGGGGCACUCUUAUGUACAAUGCAAGGGAUCCUACCAUGCCCAGUGUUACUUUCAACCUGGCGGAUAUAAAUGAUGUUUCCCCUUCAGGGGGUUUUGUGGCUGAACUGAUGAGACCUGACUUGGACCCAGUAUUUAUGCAGCAGCAGCCACAAGCUAGCUUGCAAGGUAAAUUUGUUUUUAAGACGACUGUAAGCAUGGGUGAUUAUAGCCAAUCCAUCAGUGUUAGAAAAAACAACUCUGGUAUAGACAGUCCCUUGUCUUACACUACCCACCAGCUUCCCAGAGUGUGCCAAAAGAUCAAGCAGGAACCUCCUUCAUCUUGCACUGCAUCAUGCCAAAUGGAUGGACAAGGUCAACAGUCACAAAGCCUGUGUGAGUUUCAAGCAGGAAGGGUUCUACCAAUUAGGACUAACCCAUCUAUGUCCCCAGAAGAGCUGAUGGGCAGAGACUGUCAUUCUUCCUCUCAAACAUUAAGUCAUACAUCAUUGCCAAUACCUCCAACCUUCCACACCUCUGCCAGUUUUUCCCACUUCCCUUCAGAUCAGCCCCAGACACAGUUGCCUCCAACCCAGCUACAAUAUCAAGGUCAGUCUUAUCUUAAUAUAUUUGAAGAGCCAUUAAACUUGCAACUAUUGAAACAAGAAGUGAUGUUGACUCCGCCCUCUUCACCUCUAGAGUUAUUAACCAGUGGGGGUUGUAUACCAGAGGAAUCUAAGCCCAAGAGGGGUCGAAAAUCCUGGCCCAGGAAAAGGACAGCUUCUCAUACCUGUGACUAUGCAGGUUGUGGAAAGACCUAUACCAAGAGUUCUCAUUUAAAGGCUCACUUACGAACUCAUACAGGUGAAAAGCCAUACCACUGUGAUUGGGAAGGGUGUGGGUGGAAAUUUGCUCGCUCAGAUGAACUGACCCGCCACUACCGAAAACACACAGGUCACAGGCCUUUCCAGUGUCAGCGGUGUGAUCGAGCUUUCUCUAGGUCUGACCACCUUGCUCUGCACAUGAAAAGGCACUUCUGAGUACUGCAGCAAUAUGCCAAGUACUGCCAUGAAAUAUUCAGAGCAUGCUUUAUAUUUGGGCUAAAUGAAUAACACAAGCACUACAAAUGAUAUAGCUGUAUUAUGGGACCAAUGUUAUGUAACAUGACAUACUAUCCAUCUUCAGAACUGGAAGAUUGCAAACUUUGAAGUGGGAUUUUGACUGGAUCUUCAAGCAUUCCGCGUUCCUUUUUAGAAAAUGACUUGAAUCGCCAGACUACAAUUUUGUUAGGAAUGGACAUUUUGGUUAACCAUUCAUGCUCCGAGGGCGAUGCUGGGGGAUUAAUCCUUUAAGAGUAAAAUCACAGCUUCUGAAUAAUUUCUGACUAAUCACAAAAACAGGAAAAAUUUCAGGUACAAAGUGUUGCUUGAAGGAUUUAAAAUAGUUAAUGGUGCUUAAAGACUGCAGCUUUUAAUGGUACCAAAAUGAAGCCAAAGUUCUCAAACUGCUGCAUAUCCGACAAGGAAAUCUAUUUUUGUCUUCCGAUAUACAAGUAUGACCAAAGUCAGGGAGAGAAACCUGAUUUGUUUUGUUAAUAUAUAUAUAUUUAUGUAUAUGCAGCCAGUGUGUGACGCACUGUGGUUUCUAUGUGCAAUAAUUUGUACUAUUUCCAAAUAUACCUUAAGCAGAACAAAAUGUUUUUCUAUAUUUGACUUUACAUAAAAAAAUAUGUAAUAUAAAAUUAAGCAAACGUCUAUUUUGUAUAUUUGUAAACUAUUAAAAUUUUUCUGUCGCAGUUUUUUUAGUUUUGAAUAAACUUAGAAAUAUUUUAUAUGGAAGGGGGACAUCUGUCCUUUACAAAGCCUUAACUUUCCUUUGCAAUUUUUCUGUUUGAAGUUGUUAAUAUCAGAUGGACAGUUUUGAUCUCGACAUAGUUUUCCUCAAAUUGCCCUGCUGUUGAGAUCUUGUCUAUUUUAGCAAGACUAGCAUCACAUGCUUCCCACCCAAAAACAAUAUGCACAAACCUAUUAAAAAUGAUUAACAGAGACAUCAAUGAGACGUCACUCUCAACCCACUAGCAAUUCAGCCCCUCUACUUUGGACAGUGACUGGAGAAGUGCCUCUGUUGUAAAAAUUAUUUUUACACUAUUCUGUACAGGAAGAAUUCAUUUUACAGUCAGCGAUGACAAAUACAUUCAUGUUCUAUAAAAAAAAAAAAGCUUUUUUAAAUAUUUUUAUUUGUCAGAAAGCUUGUCAAUACUAUUACAGGGUAUUUCUCACUCCCAUAGAGAGCAACAGUGUUGCACAGUGAAUUUUGGCAUGAUAGUAAUGAUUUCAUUGCUUGACUGAACUCUCUAACUAUAAGUGUAACUUGAUGCAGUUACUGCUUAUGUUGCAUAUAGUUUGAUGUGCCAGUCCUAGGCUUUGUUUUAUGAAGACUGGAGAUUGGAACAAUCAAUCAACAAGGCUUAAACACUUGCCAAAGACUUUCCAGUGUAGUCAGUUUUAAAUAAUAAAAGUUAAUGAAAGAUAAAGUGCCAAAAACAAAUGAGUGCCUUCACCUGUACGAAUGAUGUUUAGAGAUCAGUAUAGAAAUGUAUAAUAAAGUCACAAGGUUUUUUUCCAGGGUAGUAUAUCAGUUUUUUCUGUUAUGUAAUUAUGUUUCUGUAUCACAAUACAUCACCAUUUACCAUUUACCAUUUUGUUUGAGCCAACAAUAACACAGCAAUGAUGUUUUAGGGUAGGACUACACGAUCGGCACGAUCCAUUGUGCUGUGACAAAUCGCAUGUGACGGAAAUAAGGUAAGAGAUAGAAAUGUCGGAUGAAGUCACAGCGUUGAU